AUGCCGCCACGGAAAAGCGGCGCCUCGACGGUGUCUGCGGCAGAGGCAAAUGGCGACGUCUCCACGUUGUCCAAUGCCACCGCGAACGCUACGCCUUCGUCUUCUACGCAGCAUGCGCAUCCGAAACCAUCAAGGCAAUCGGGAGGCGGAUCGGGGAGGCAGGAUGAUGGUGUGGGAAUAGAUGACCUCCUGCUCCCCCGCUCCCUCAUAUCCCGUCUCUCCCGCGGUGUCCUCCCUCCCAACACCUCCCUCCAGAAGGAUGCCCUUCUCGCUCUAACCCGCUCCGCCACCGUCUUCAUCUCCUACCUCGCCCACCACGCGAACGAACAAUCACAACUCCGGCAUAAGAAAACACUCGGCGUGCAGGAUGUCAUGGUCGCGUUGAAGGAGAUUGAGUUUGGAAACGUGAUGGAACUCGGUGCGGUCGGGGAGGACGGGAGGACUGGUGGGAGGCUGGAACGGGAGGUGGAGGUGUAUGAGGAGAUUAUAGGGAGGAAAAGAAGGGGGUAUAGAGAGAAGGUCAAGGCCAGGGAGUCUGGUGGUGGUGGCGGCGCAGAGGGAGACGCCGAAAUUGAAGACAGGGGAGAGCCGAGUAACAAGAAGAUCAGGCGCAUGAGCGCUGAGGAAGAGGAGGAUGAAGAGGAGAGGAUGCUGGAGCAGCAGCUCAACGGGACAUCGGGUCAAGAAGUUCCAUCAUCUGCCGAGAAAGGGAAAGCCAAGAGGAAAAGUCAGGAUCAUGGAGGGAUUUCGGUGGUUGUGCGGAACGGCAAGGGCAAAGGGACCUCGAAGCCUGAUUCGACUGCUCGAGAGGAAGUUGGACACGAAGAUGUCGAGGACCUCGAAGCAGACGACGGCGCCGAUGACGAGGAGCAGGAUGAAGAUGAAGAAGAGGACGAGCAAGAAGAAGAUGACCAAGACGAAGACGACGAUGAUGAACAGGACGAUGAGGGCGGUGGUGACGACGACGACGAGGAUGAUGACGGGACCGACGUCGAUGACUCCAGACAAGCAAACGGCCGUGGGACGGGAAGGGUUGGACUGCUACCGGACGGAAAUGUCGAGAUUGGAAGCGAGGACGAGAGUGAUUGA